AUGGCCUCCGAUUUCGACGAAGACGAGCUGAUUCAGCUCGCGUUCCUCCGUGACGAGGAGACUGAUGCCCUCAUCUCCGCAGGCUUGCUGAGCGAGGACUUGCGUCUCACCUCUCCUCUCGACAACGAGGUCGUCUUCUCAUUUGAGGAACUUGUCCUCACCGUCACUUCUCAUGUCCACUAUCCUGUACGAGAUAUCGAUUACCAGGUGGAAAACAUGAGCCUUCCUCGCGAGGUCGUGGACGUGCUCCGCCGCCAAUUGAAGCAAAUCAUGACCAGUGCCCAGGAAACCAACAACCUGAAGAAUUGGCAAGACCGAGAAAACGGAAAUGCCUACGGCGUAUUCGAGCCCGUAAUGGCCAUCCUGCAACUCGCGCAGACAACAGCGCACUACCUCGCCGAAUACCGUUCACUCAAGCUCACCAAGGACGCCCCGGCCGACGACACACCAGACGAACACCUCUGGUCCCUUCAGCUCGCCUACCGCCUCCUGCACACCUCUCCCAAGCAGGUCGCCGCCCACAUCCCCAGCGCAUUCCGCGUCGUCCACGUCGAGCAGGUCCUCCGAACAGACCUCGCCCGCGACUUCGAGCAGUUCCAGGGCAGCCUGCGCAGAAAACUGUCCCGCCUCCCCCACGACCAGCUCCGGCGCCACAUCCCCGUCGAGCUCCGCAGCCGCCGCGUCGAAGACAUGGUCGACCACCUCGUCAAGCCCCGCCUGACCUUCCACGGCACCCAGCGCCAGAACGUGCCCAGCAUCGUCCGCCACGGCUUUGUGGCUCCCGGCGCGCGCAACCCGGAGCUCGGAGAAACGCAGGAGGUGCGCUGUGGGUCUACCUACGGCCGCGGGAUUUACUCGUCGCCCAGUGCCGGUUUCUCGCUCAGCUAUAGUGACGGCAAGUUGGUGCGGGACUCGGACAAGGAGUUCUCUGGGCUCAAGCUGAUCGCUUGCGCAACAAUCAUGGGUCGGUCGCGUGUGAUGUUCCGAGAUGAUGAGUGGCGGACCGAGGACAAGGCGUGGGAGGGUGCCGACUCGCAUCUAGCCAAUGGAGGAAUGGAGUACAUUGUCUUUGAUGCAGCUCAGAUCAUCCCCGUUUAUGUUAUUCACCUGGACUGGGGAGCCGAUAACCCAGAGCACCUCCUCCCUGGUGCGGAUAGUUGGGGCAGUUCGUCGGAUCGGUGGAAGGGGCUUGUCCGCAAGGCCGAAAUGGCCCCCGGAGACAGGCAGCGAGCGAAAGAGGCCAGCUUUGCGCGGGCAGCAAAGUAUUUCCCCUACGGCUACGGCCCUGCAUCCGGAAAGAGGUUUGUUGUGGAGGAGGUGGGAGAAAUAUCUGACGACGAGGAGAACUACGGAGAUUACCAGAACCUUGAAGGAGAUGAGACCGCCGAGAACACCGAGUUUUGGUCUUGGGUUAAGGCGGGGGAGAUGGAGGACGACGACCCUUUGAUGGAGGGCAUGCACAAUGCGGAUGAGUACUUGGAGAAGCGCCACGCUCUGGUGAUACCACAGGGUUUUGCGCGCACUGCUGAGGCCUGGGAUAGCCUCGAGGCACCAAACUCGAAGAAGAAUGAGUCUGGUAAGACGGACGGUGAGGAUGUGGAUGAUGAUGAUCUCUGUCUCGAUUUGUUGAUGAUGGAUUCGAAUGACGCGACAAAAAUUGACGAUGCCGAUGAUACCCCAAGCGAAGAGGAGCUCCAGCCCUCGAUGAACAAGAAUCUGUAG